CUCCGGCAUCCAUCUGCGGCGACGGCAGCCGGAUGUCUAGCUCCGCCGGUCAUUUUUAACUUUGGAGAUUCCAAUUCCGACACAGGCGGACUCGUCGCUGGACUCGGUUACCCCAUCGGCUUCCCAAAUGGACGCUUAUUUUUCCGGCGAUCCACUGGCCGUUUGUCCGACGGACGUCUUCUCAUCGAUUAUCUCUGUAAUUUUUCACUUAGGUUUGAAGCGAAGAUUAAACUUGCGAGGGAAUUUGCAGGCCAGAGUUUGAAUACAAGUCUUUUGAGGCCAUACUUAGAUUCAUUGGGAGGAUCAAGAUUCCAAAAUGGGGCAAAUUUUGCAAUUGUUGGAUCCUCUACUCUUCCCAAAAACGUCCCUUUUUCACUUAACAUUCAAAUUUCGCAAUACGUCCAUUUCAAAUCUCGAUCCCUCGAGCUUGCUUCUAGUUCAAGGCAGAACGACAUCGCUCGUUCCUUCUCUAAAGACAACUCGUAUUCUCAGACCGUCAAGAUGAUUCCACAGAUUGUUUCCGAGAUAAAAAGCGGCGUAAAGAGAUUGUAUGAUGAAGGAGGAAGGAGAUUCUGGAUUCACAACACGGGUCCAUUAGGUUGUCUACCUCAGAAACUUUCAAUGGUCCAGAAAAAAGAGCUUGAUCAGCACGGUUGCUUAGCUACUUUCAACUCGGCAGCAAAAGUAUUUAACCAGGGAUUGGAUCAUAUGUGUGACGAGCUAAGGACCGAAUUGCUGGAAGCUACCAUAAUCUAUGUCGACAUAUACGCUAUCAAAUACAGCCUCAUUGAAAACUCCAACAAAUACGGUUUUGAGAGACCGUUAAUGGCGUGUUGCGGAUAUGGAGGGAGUCCUUAUAACUACAAUGUGAACAUAACAUGUGGGCAUAGAGGCUCGAAUGUGUGUGAUCAAGGGUCUCGUUUCAUAAGUUGGGAUGGGAUUCAUUACACCGAGACAGCUAAUGCCAUUGUGGCCAUAAAAGUGCUUUCACUGCAGUUCUCUAAGCCACCAACUCCGUUCCAUUUCUUCUGCCUUCGGUGAGAGUGAAAUUUGGAAGUUUCUCAAAAUGAUUGUACUAUGAUAAGAAAAAAUAUAAUAAUUGCAUCGAGUGACCAAAUUUGGGAGAGCAAUUAAGUAAAAUUACAUGACAUUUCUUUGUUCAGAUGAACUUUUUUCUUUUUACAGCAAACAAAACUUUAUAUUGCGCAUGAUGUUUCAAAGGCGCUUUCAAGC